AUGGCCCCCAAAAAGAAGAACGCUUCUGCUGCUGCUGCGGCAAAAGAGGAGACAGAAGAAUGCGCCCCGGCUGAGGUGACAACAACAACACCCCCCACAUCCCCGCAGACUGAAUCAUUGCCCUCCGCAUGCAACGCUGUGGAGUUGUACGCAACCCUUCAGGCGGCUGUUUCGGAAGAUCCUGUAAAGCUGAAUGAUUUUGUGCGGGAAUUACUCCAGGCGCUGAGCGAUGCGGAGUGCCCGGAUGCACCGCUUCUGGUCCGUGUGCGUACCCUUGAGUUUAUUAGCAAAUACGGACAGCAUGUGCGUGACGGCAAUGCUCUUAAAAAGAUUGUUACAUCUCUUGUAAAAAUAUUGAGUGGCUCAGAGGACACGCCGCAGCUUCUUGUGGCUGCUGUUCAGGGGCUUUCAUCGCUAGGGCCCGUCUCUGUACUGGACAAGAAGUGGGAAUAUUUGUCCCGCGAGGGGGCAGAUGUUCUCAUGCAGGUAAUGUUGGACGAAGAGGGAUUUGCGGAAAGUGUACGUCAAGCCGCUUCCAAGGCGUUGGACUCCCUCAUUCAGACCGCAUUUCGUCCCGUUGUGACGAAGCUGCUACACUGGAUAAGCGACAAUCGUGAGACGGAGGACGAAGAUCAACUGAAGAAGGAGCGGCGCAUGGCUUUGACGCGACUGAGGAAGCUGGCGCACACACCGUCCCUGCAGUGCCAGUGGACGGAGGAGGUGCAGGAACAUGUCUUGAGCCUCAUUGUUCGUGUGCUUCCAACGGUCACUGUGCAGGAAUUUGUGCAACUCACGAGCAUUGCUGCAUCAUUGCCGAUAGUACGAGCAGAGGCGGGAGUGCCUUUCCUCAAGGCGUUUUUGGCGCAAAAUGCAAUCAACACUGACCGUGUGUUGGAGUCCCUAAGUAUUAUUGGAGAGCAUAUUGGCGCCACACCGUACGACAUUGUUCCCGUUCUUGAGGAUGCAGGGCUUCUUACAACACCUGUUGAGAAGAAUACCGCACGGGGCAUGUGGCACGCGAAGGUGUUGUUGCUGGCUGCUCGACUUGCCACUCCUGAUAACAUUGAUAAAUUGUACAAUGCGGUGUUGGAACAGCUGGCGCAUGUCAUGCAUGAUGGGAGUGCGUUGCCGGAGAAUAUGACGACUCUCGAGGUGCUACUCUUUGCCGUUAUGGCGGCAGGACAAAAAAAACCAGUUGAGAUGUUGAAGUAUUUGAACGAUGAUGCGUUCGUUGCGAAGUGCAUGGGUCUGGCGGAGCUCGUCGCCCAGAUGGAACCACUCCUGAUUUACGCCGUUAAGAAACGUAUGCAGAAGUCAUCGGCGGGCCAAAAGGAUGCGGAGGUAAUUGGAUGCUGCCAUAACGUGCGAGUCAUCUUGAGCGCCUUCUCCGCCAAACACAUGCCCACUGGUACCCUCACGGAGAGUUGGCUCCACAAGAAUAAGUUGCCAAGUGUGAAACACGCCCGCGACCCAGCGGCGACGGCAAAGGCAACAGAGACUACAGCGGGGAUUGCUGGGGCCGCCGCCGGACAGUUGGGUGUGCUGCCGCCUCCCCCUGGCACGGAGGAACAUGCUAAGAAAAGGUCUCGUGGUCAGGAGUCCGGUUACAACAAGAAUGUUAACAGGAAUAAGGGUGGUUGGAAUGGCAACGGCCGGUACAAGAGAGCACGUCGUGGCGGAGUCUACUAA